AAGAAGAGAGAUCUUGAGAGCGGUCGGGGGAGGAACUCGGAAGAUCUGGGGAGUGUCUCGGAUAGGAAUCAAAGAGGCGGCCUACUCAACUAUUUAAAGAUCCCUAAAGUAUGUUGGCUAAAAGGAAUCUGGGAGCAGAAAAGAAAGCAUGUAUUUGCUUUGAGAUUCGCCGAAAGAUCUAAUAAAAGAAGAUAAGUCAUUGAAAGAAGUACAAACUUCCGAAACCUAACGUCUACCAGCACAAACUUCUGUAACGAUGUCAUCAUUGACUACUUAAAAGGAGAUCCCAUUUUUUACUGCAACUAGAAGGGGAACAGAAAAGAUUGUGAAGCUGAUAAUAAGACUACAUCCUCAAGCUAUUGACCAGCGCGGUGAAAUGAAUCGGAACAUUUUGGAUGUGGCCGUCAUGUAUCGCCAGAAAAAGAUCUUCGAUUUUGUGAAGCAACAGGAAAUACCGUUCGCUAGACUUCGUCGAGUUGUUGAUAAUAGCAGCAACUCAUUGUUGCACCAUGUUGCCGAUGUAAACCAAAACAGUGGAGUAACCAAGCCUGGGCCUGCACUACAACUUCAGGAGGAGUUGCAAUGGUUUGAGGUAGUGCAAGAGGUAAUUCCUGAUCAUUAUGUCCCGCUCCUGAACGACGAUGGAAAAACUGCAAGAGAGUGCUUCGAAAUUUCGCACAAGGAACAACUGAAAAAGGCACAAAAAUGGAUCAAGGAAACAUCUCAGUCUUGUUCAACUGUAGCUGCACUUGUUGCUACUGUUGUCUUUGCUGCUGCCUAUACUGUGCCCGGUGGUUCCGAUGAAAAUGGCAAGCCCAACUUCAUCAACUCUCCCUAUUUUCUGAUUUUCACUGUCUCUGAUGUUGUCUCCUUAGCAAGCUAG